AUGGAUGACACAAGAGGCGAAUCUCCGGGUGAGGAUUACUUCAACGACCUCUCGCAGCAAGUUACCAACAACUCCAAUGGACGAAAGGAUUCCGACGAGAAUGUACAGGCCCCCUCGAAAGCCAAGCGAUGUGCAGCUUGUACUCUUUGCCGCAGGAGGAAGCUCAAAUGUGACGGAGCGAAGCCUGCCUGUUCCACUUGUUCGCGAUUAAAGCAUUUCUGCUCGUAUGACGAGGUGCGAAAGAAGAGUGGUCCGAAGAGAGGCUAUGUAAAGCUUUUGGAAGCCAGAUUGGCGCAAGUCGAGACGUUGCUGAAGAAAGGUGAUCCGCCAGCGGUGACCAGCACUGAGAGGAGCGACCGUCCGUCAAAUGAGAGCAAUGAUAUUGUACUUCCCGCCGUGUAUCCCGUUGACGGGCCACAAUAUGAGAUGCCGGCGCAAGCAAUGCCGUUUCUGUCUACAUCCGCCUCGGAUAUCUUUGGCGACGGCACUGUUCCUGCAGAAGAAACAUAUCCAUGGGAAUUGAUCUCCUUGGGUCUUGAUGAGCCUCUGCCCAUUCAGUCGGUCGUCGACGAGCUCAAUCAGAUAUAUUUCGAGAAGUUCCACACCUCGCUGCCAAUGAUGCAUCGACCACGAUAUUACGCGGCGAUGCAUUUAGCACCCCAUACAAGACCUCCAGUCUGUUUGCGAUACGCCAUGUGGUGUAAUGCUGCAGCCCUAACAGACAAGUACGAAGGCGUCAAAGAACAUUUCUACCAUCGUGCUCGCAAGUAUAUUCAACAGGACGAGAUGAAAGGUCAUGGCGAGAGCAUGCUCACAGUAGCACAUGUCCAAACAUGGGUCCUGCUCGCGACGUACGAGUUCAAGAACAUGUAUUUCCCGCGAGCUUGGAUGUCUUCUGGUAGAGCUUCUCGCAUGGCGCACAUGAUGGGCUUGAACCGACUGGAUGUAGCAACCAUGCAAGUCAAGCAAUGCUUACCUCAAGUGAGGGAUUGGACCGAGCAAGAGGAACGAAGACGAACUUUCUGGGCGUGCUUUUGCGUUGAUCGGUACUCUUCGAUCGGAACGGGAUGGCCCAUGUCGAUUGAAGAAGUUGACAUCAAGACCAGAAUGCCCGGCAGUGAGGAAGCGUUUGACAUGACCAAGCCGGAGAGUAAGCCAUUCCUCGAGGAUGCUCUUGAGCCGUCUGGACCAGCAGAUCUUUCGAGCUUUGGAGGUGUCGUGCUCAUGGCAUGUCUGUUCGGCCGCAAUCUUACCCACCUCCAUCGACCUGGUCCGAGGGAUCAGGACGAUGACUUGAACGGAGAAUUCUGGACACGACAUCGAGAUUUGGACUCAAUCUUGCUCAACACAUCACUGUCGAUACCUGAUCAGGUACGACUGCCGAUGGGAUUGAAUAAUCCCAACAUAGUCUUUCUUAAUAUGAACAUCCAUACUUCGACAAUCUGCUUGCAUCAGGCGGCUAUAUACAAAGCAGACAACCAUAAGAAUCGCAUUCCUGCUCGCAUCUCUGCUGAGAGCAAGGUUCGCUGCUUAACGGCAGCGGCGGAGACUGCAAGUAUCAUGCGCACGAUCAGUCAUCUUGAUCUGUCCGCUAUGAAUCCGUUCUUGUCAUUCUGUCUAUACGUCGCGGCUCGGGUCUUCGUACAGUAUUUAAGAUCAAGACCCAACGACCACCAAGUCGGGGYAUCGCUGCGAUUCCUUCUGUCUGCCAUGCACGCGAUCAAACGCAAGAAUCCACUGACCGAAUCAUUCUUGGUACAGUUGGACGUCGAUUUGGAGAGUGCCGCGCUGGAUGAUCUUCGAGUCCAGCAGAAGAGCAAAUCGGCAAUAUUCGACGAUUUCUCCGAAGAUUGUGCCAUAAACGGACUAUUGCCAAUGGAAGGUGGCGGCCCACCUACCUACGGAGACCAAGGUCUAGCAGCAUUCAACAGCCCAACCCAAAACAUCAUCGAUCCAAGUGAUGCCACGGCCAAUUCGGAUGGCGCAGGACAGAUGAAUGGCAGUACAAAUCUCGGCACGACACAUUUGAACGUACCAUGCCGACAGCGAAUGUCUGAGGCGUUCAUCUUUGAGAUGGAUACAGGUCCAGAGACGAACAAAGGCGAUCAGCAAGCUUCCGGCUCCAACUCACGGAAGGGAAGAUCCUCACAUGCGUCUAGUACAACAUACUCGCCACAACAGCAACUUCAGGUGGACCCCAUGUUCGAUCCUGCGUUCCCAGCUUCAAGAUAUAGUCUGCAAGGUGUGCAGCAACCUGGUGGAGCUUUCAUCGCGCCACACGAUUGGGGCAGCGAAGUCCAGGGCGUUCCUGACGCUGUGGCGCAGGGGAGUGGAUUUAGCACCUUGAUUGGUGGUGGUGAUAUGGGAGAUGUUAUGGCCGGUAUGUCUGAUGCUGAGUGGAAUUCUGUGAUGGAGUCUAUGGGUGGGUGGGACAGUGGACUGGAUCAGGGUUCGAUGCAUGUGUUGUGA